AGAUGACCAAAGCAGACUCUAGCAUUGAAUGUUUCAUGCUACACACUAGUUUGAUUGUUUUGGUUAAGCGUUUAACAUCUCCAGCAAUAUGUUUAGAUUUAUGAUUGGUACUCUCUUGGUAACGUUCACACUUGGAGCACCUCAGUUUGAUGAUGGUCGUGUCCUGAUCCUUGAAAGAGAAAGGUACACUCCAGACGCUCCAUUGGGGUGGUCUGAGGAGGAGACAACUACUAAACUGAACCUGGAGGACGUAGCAUCGUGGAGCGCCUCCACAGAAGUGGAAGACGAGAACCAUGCUUGGUUCCGCAGAAGGAGAUCUGCAGAGUCAAGGGUGGAUGCUGCGGAAGAUGUGAAAGAUGCUGCUGAUGACUUGGAAGCAGCAGAAUCUGUGGUAUUCAUGCCGGCGCAUCUGAGACACAGCAAGAAGAUGGCUCAUGAAGAGUGUCGGCGUCGGCGCAACAUUUACGCUGCCCAAAGAAGACACCAUUCUGCGCCAGUUAGGAAUCAUUGUAACAGUUACUGCUGCUAUCCUGUAGCCUUGGUGUAGUACUCAAAUAUUGUAAAUUUUAUCUGCCUUCUUGGAUGUCAUAUAUUACUAGAUUAGUUGUAUAACAGAGGAAGUCAACAAAAUAUUUCUUACAGAAAUGUAAAUGUAUAAAAUUUAGUUUUUAGGAGUUUGUGUGACUUUUUUACCUGCUGAAAUACUUUCCAGUUAGUUGAAUAUUGUGUAAGAUGAAGGUAAGGUAGGGGUUGGUUGAGCUUCCUCAUACAACCCCUAAACGUUGCGAAUUUAAAAAGCAAAAAUCUUAACUAAACAUAAUAUCAUUUAGUUUAUUUAUGUGAAUAUCUAACAUAUUGUAUUAUUUGAUUAUUAUAGUCACAAAGUUAAUAUGUUUGAUUUAUCAUUGUACCUGUUUUGUAAAUAAAUAAAAAUCUUAUAAAUUAUUAUUA